AUGGGAGGAACAGUUGGAUCAAAAAUAAAAUUACUUCAAAAACAAAAUUAUUCACAUAUCAAAGAAAAAGAUAAAAUUGAUAAAAUUGAUAAAAUUACAAUUAACUCAUUACUUAAUGAAACGUCAACAAAGUUUCCAAGUACAAGUAAAGAUAUCGAUUUUUUGCAUCAAUAUCAUUUCACCACGAAAUUAGUUUGGACUUCAAAUUUUUCCUCUCCGAUCGAAAAGGUCUUAAGUAAUGGUGCCACAGUCUUAGAUGUAUCUUGUGGUGCUGGUACUUAUCUGUUGGACCUAUCUAGCGAAUACAUUUUCUCAGAAUUUGUUGGCGUUGAUAAAAAUCAAUUAUUUCCUACAACAAUUAAGCCUAACAAUGUAAAUUUCUUUGAUGUUAGUGUAGAGAAAGGUUUGCUUUUUCAAGAUAAUUAUUUUGAUUUCGUUCAUUUAUCUAUCAUCGAACCUCUUUAUGAUGCAAAUCAAUGGGAUUUUAUCAUUGAUGAAUUGUUAAGAGUAACUAAACCUGGUGGAUGGGUAGAAGUAAGGUAUGAUUAUGAAGAAAAGAAUAUUGGAUCUAAUUUUUUGAAAUUCAUCAAAGGAUUAGUGAAAUUAUUUGUAACUAAUCAUAUAGAAUUCUUGCCACAAAAGUACAUAAAAUCAGUCCUUUCCACAGAUACUCGGAUCGAAAUCUCAAAGUCUGAAAAUAGAAAGGUGAAAUUGGGUAAACAUAGCGACAAAACAGGAAUAUUAUUUGAACAACUUUGUUCAACGUUUUUUACGGAUGUACUUGGUGAAAUGUUAAUUGAUUUGAUGGAUUUUGAUGAUAUUAAUGAGUUGAAUCAAGAAUGGAAAAAGACAUUAAAGGAAUUUGACGAAGAUAAAACCAUUGUAGAUGCUUAUAGGAUCUAUGCUAUGAAAAAGAACUGA